AUGGCUGUGCAGGAGAAAUACCCAGGUGGGAGGAUUUCCCAAACCAGUCCAACAGAUUCCAAUUUGAUUCAGAAGGGCAGUUCCCUGGGGACCGAAUGGCAGACCCCAGUCAUCUCUGAGCCAUUCCGAAGCCGCUUUGGCCGCUGCUCAAGCAUGGCUGACAGUGGAGACACGGCCAUCGGCACAUCGUGUUCAGACACCGUUGAGGAUUUUUGCAUGAGUGGCAGUUCAUCUUUCCAGCCCAUCAAAAGUCAAGUAACCAUUCCUACAGCCCAUGUGAUGCCAUCUACUUUGGGGACCUCACCAGUCAAGCCAACUUCCACACAUACGGGGCUCCUUUCCUCCAAACUGCCUGUGUCAGGACUGUCUGAAAACGUGGGGCUGCCAAGGAAUGGAGACCUCAGCACUAUGAAGAGGUCUCCAGGCCUCCCUCGGGAUCUCAUGUACCUCUGUGGAACUUCUGGGGAAAAUGGAAUUGAACAGUCCUGGUUUCCUGCUUUGGGCCAUGAAAGAGAGGAAGAGAUGAGGAAGUUUGAUACACCCAACAUGGAGCCCACCCUCAACCAGUCACUAUUGAUGGAAACACUGUAUUCAGAUCCCUACUACCGAUUCCACCUGCAAAAUCCAACAGCUGAGACAGGCAAGGAGUUGUACAAGGUGCUGCCUGAGACUAAGAAAGCCCCAGGGAUUGGGGCUGGAUGGGAGAGAAAUGGAACCCAUCCCAUUGCUGGUGGGCUGCUUCAGUCAGCAUCUGGCUUCCCUAAACCUCUCCAGUCGCAGGUGUGGUCACAAGGCCCUGAUACUUGGCAUUCUCCGGAACAAUCUUGUGAACUUGGCACAUGUCGACAGCAGCUGGAGCCAAUUCGGUUACAGAUGGAACAAAUGAAGCUCCAGAAUGGAGCCACUUGUCACCACCCCACUGCUUAUGCUCCAUCUCUGUCAGCCUUGGAGCCAGCCCAGUGGGUGAGCAUCCUGAACAGCAACGAGAGCCUCCUGAAGGAGAAGGAGCUCCUUAUUGACAAGCAGAGGCAGCAUAUUUCUCAGUUGGAACAAAAAGUUCGUGAGAGUGAGCUUCAGGUCCACAGUGCCCUGUUGGGCCGCCCUGCCCACUAUGGGGAUAUCUGCAUGCUGAGACUGCAGGAAUUGCAGAGAGAGAACACUUUCCUCCGAGCACAGUUUGCUCAGAAGACAGAAAUUCUCAGUAAAGACAAGAUGGAACUUGAAAAGAAACUCUCUGCCUCAGAAGUGGACGCCCAGCUCAUCCGAGAGUCUCUUAGGGUGGCACUGCAGAAACAUUCAGAAGAAGCAAAGAAGCAAGAAGAAAGGGUCAAGGGACGGGACAAACACAUUAACAAUCUGAAAAAGAAAUGUCAGAAGGAAUCAGAGCAGAAUCGGGAGAAACAGCAGCGCAUUGAGACCCUGGAGCGCUAUCUGGCUGACCUGCCCACACUGGAAGAUCAUCAGAAGCAGAGUCAGAAGCUCCGGGAAUUAGAGCUGAAGAGCUCCGACCUGCAAGAGCAAGUGACCAACCUGGAGAGAAAGCUGGGAGAGGCCCGGGCAAGUUGCAAGGAGCGGGAAUCCCAACUGGAAAGCCUGAAACAGAGUGAACAGGAGCUCCUGUCCAGGAUACACAGUUUGCAGGAUAAGCAAUGUUCGAAGAAGACCAGCGGAGGGAGUCUGGUUCAACAAGUGGAAAGCCCCAAAGUGGAGUCUGAAUCUUUGCAGAAGGAGUGUGAUUGCCUUAGGAAGAUUGUAGAUAAGCAACAGAAGAAGAUAGAUGAGUUGUGUUCACAAGUGAAGAGCCUGGAGGCAGAAGUGGCCCAAGAAGAAGGAGCUGGUCAAGCCCUGAAGGAAGAGGCCAGAAGGAGGGAAAAUGCCUUGGAACAGCUACGCUUGGCAGUAAAGGAGCUUUCAGUACAGAACCAGGACCUGAUUGAGAAGAACUUGACCCUCCAGGAGCACCUUCGCCAGGCCCAGCCAGCUUCUUUGGCCACUACAGACACAGCCCAGCUGGUCCAUGAGCUACACCAGGAGCUGAGCAGCUGCCUGCAAGAUCUUCAGGCUGUGUGCAGUAUUGUGACCCAGAGGGCCCAGGGCCGAGACCCCAACCUUUCCCUUCUCCUGGGCAUCCAUUCUAUGCCCCUCCCAGGGACGGAGCUAGAUUUGCAGAAGCCAGAUGUGAUCAUCAAAAAGCUAGAAGAAGUCCGACAAUUGCAUCGUGACAUCGAGGAGUUACGUACCACCAUGUCUGACAGAUAUGCUCAGGACAUGGGAGAAAACUGCAUCACCCAGUGAGGAUAUAGGAAAUAGAGGAAGGAACCAGGCAAAGGAGAGGCAAGGCCUCUCAAUAUGCCUUGUCCUUCAGGAGCAUAUUUAUAAGCACUUGCCACUACUCUUUUGCCCCUGGGUGGUGAUGAGGAAGGCCAAAUUAAUCAUUAACUUGGCCUUCCCUGAGCACAACCUGCAGUCCAGGAAAACCUUGUUCUGGCCCCUGUUGCCUUGAUACUCCAUCCUUACAGAUGGAAGCCAGGAUCAUCCUUCCACUGUUUUACCCACAGCUUUCUUUAAGAGGCUGAUAGAAUGAAGCCCUGGUCAUUUGCUAUGAUUGCCCUCAGAUCAUUAACAACAAGGACUUUCCAUGCUGCCCCCCCACCCCUUCUCCCUUAGAUGACAGAAUUAUUUUAGGAUUGUGGUGCCCAGUCAUACAGCUCCAUCUUUUCACCUCAGGGUUAACUAAUGGGUGAGAUGGGCCCUUCCCAUCUGUACAGCCCAGGAGCCUCCCAAAUGCCUCAGGAUCUUUCGUUCAGCAAAGUCUCCAUAGCAUUGUAAAGGAGAAGUAGAUAAUUUGUCACUCUUGUGCCUUAAUUUCUCCUCCCUGCCACCUCUCAUCCCCAACUAAGUUUUCCCCAAAGCACCACUCAGAUCACAUUUUCAACCUGGACUUGUAGGUGUAUCUCUGAGGAGCAGACAAAAUCCUCCUCUCUUUCUUUUUGUUUUCUAGUCUCUGCAAACAGUUGGGUACUGGAUGCUGACUUUGGGAGGACUGGGGCAGCUGGUCUUCACCAUCCUUCUGAAGGGCAUCUGCUCUUCUGUGGCUCUUAAUUUGGGGAGAGUGCUUGGAACCAGUAGGCAGAGGCUUCUGCUUCCCUUUUCUCCGCUCUCCCUUCCUCUGGCUACCUCAACCCAGGGAGCUGUGGGCAAGCUGCCUGGGUUCUUGGGGAGUCUCUUCUCCCUCCUUUCCUGCCCUUUUACAGGGCUGGAAAAGCCCUUCCCAUCCUGGGGAAGGCCCAAGUGUGUUGGUGCCCUGGAAAGCCCAACACUCUAAUGCCCACACAGGCCUUGGCACCUCAGGUUCUAGAUUUUUAUCAGUUUCCAUUUUGAUUUUUAGUUCCUGGUGCAGGUUGGGUUUGAGUUUGAGUCAUUCACAGGGGCUGGUUAUGUUGGGUUUUUUCUUCUUUGGGGGAAGCCUUGGAUCAAUCCCCCUUUUCACCUUGGACUCAUUUGUGUCUGGAUCUUUGUGUUUGUCCUAGGCUUAUGUGCCUAGCUUAGGGCUGACCCUGGAUGCUGUGGGGCACCGCUGAGGCCUUAAUGGCAUCUGUGGGUGCCCAUCCUUGCUGCUCCAGUAGCUUGCACAACCCUGAUUUUCUAAUCUUCUGGUCAGUGAGCAGAUGAGCUACAGCCCUUCAGAGACACUCUUCUCCAGUUUUGUGUUGAAUUUCUAGAAUGUGUUUGGGGAAAGCUGCUCGCCCAGCCCCUGCCCUCUGCCAGGCCGCAGGCACCCUGCUUUUGCAGAGCCACCUGCAGCUUGGGAGCAGUGCAGACCUCAGGGCUGUUAUUCCUCGGCGCAUCGAUAAGCACAAGUCGUAUUUAUAUGAAUCUUUGUUAUACGGACCCGUUUGUAUUGACUAUUUUGAUUAAAAAAUAAAGAUC